GUCAAGACCCUUCGUUGCGGGGAUGGCGUGACCUUUCCCAAGCCGGGGGACAAGCUCCACACGCACUAUGUUGGCCGCAUCGCGGCCACCGGUGAGCAGAUCGACUCCUCUUACGAGCGGGGCCUUCCCUUCAGGUUUCAGCUGGGAGUUGGUCAGGUGAUUGCUGGCUGGGAUGAGGGCAUUCGAAAGAUGUCCUUGGGUGAGCACGCGCUGCUCAUGAUUCCCUCGGAUCGUGCCUACGGCGUCCAAGGUGCAGGCGGGUCGAUCCCGCCCGACACGGACCUCGUUUUCGAGGCUUGCCCGCUGCUUGCGGACCCUUUGAAGUUCGAUCGUCGCGGCUUUCCUAGGGCUGCGGGUGGGGACACUUCUGGCGACGACGGCGCGAUCAGCGACGCCAGCAGCUAUGCUCCCGAAUGUGAGCCUUGGUACUCGAUUGUGCUGCAAGGCGAAGACGAUCUCAUGAUCCGAGUCGUCACACCCACUCGAAAAUGCAAGCUCGAGCGUGGCUAUCAACGCGGCUGUGACUUGCUUCAGUGUGGUGAUAUCCUGACCCGGUAUCCGAUUGGCUCCACACUGCAGCAUGACAUUCUGCAGAAGUUCUGGGAGCGUGAACAAUUCAUCGGUCUCGGCGAGGACGGUGGGAGUGAAGCCUCCCAGUGGGUUGUGGCUACGAGGGAGCAGUAUGCACAGCUCUGGCUCGCGGUCGCAUCGGUUGGACUGAAUCGGCCCGUUCGCUAUUGCAUCGCCGAAGAUGAACACAUUCGAAUCGGAGGGGCCGCGACCCAAGUCCUCGUCAUGGCACCCGUUCUCAUUGCAGAUGCUGCUCCGGAGUCCGCGGCGGCUUGGAAGAGCAAGAAGAGGUUUUACAAGCAGACGAGGCUCUGCAGCUUCAACUUGGUUGGGGCCUGCAAGAGGGGCUCGGCUUGCAACUUCGCUCACAGCGAGAUCGACUUGAAGGAGAUGCCAGACUUUUCAAAGACCCGCAUCUGCAAGAAUUUCAUGGCUGGCAAGUGUGAACUGGGCAGCGCUUGCAGCUUUGCUCAUGGACAGCAAGAGCUGAUCCAGGCGAAGAAGGCGAACAAGAAGAGCAAGGCAGCUCUGGUGGCGGCAGAGCUUCAUGAGGAACAGUUACGUCACGUCGUGGAAGCUGAGAAGCCUGUUAAGGCUUUGAAAGAGUUCCUAGCAGCUCCGAUUGGGUAUUCCAGGUUUCGACAGAGGCUCUUUGUUGAGGACAUGCGUGAACUGAAGGAGGGCCAGACAGCUUGUUAUUUGGCGGCUGGAUCUGGACACAUGGAACUGUUGCGCUUGCUGGUUGCCGCUGACGAAGACUCCCACACACAAAGUGGCACGGCAGCUCUUCUCAUGGCAGCUCGCGGCGGCCACUUGGAUGUGGUGCGGCGGUUGCUGGAAGCUGGCGUGGUGGCCACUUCUGCGACGCGCGAUGGCGAAGCAGCUUUGCACGUGGCAGCUGAGUGUGGACACCUGGAAGUGGCCGAGCUGCUGAACAGCUGGCCAAAUCAGCACUCUUCAGCCGGAGUUCAUGGUCCGGAAGCUGACCCUACUCCCGACGCAGUCAAAAUGAAGGUUGGGAGUCGGGCCAUUCGGGGCAACAAGUCAGACCGACACGGGUGA